UAAAAAGAAUCCGGGAAACCGCUCACUCAAUCACUCUCAGAAAAUCAGAGGGUAUCAUCCUCAAUUACAUGGCUCCUCUCGCCCCAAGAUCUGGAGAUCCUAUAGUUGCCAAUGUUGAGCGCGUGAACGCGGAAUUGUUUACCCUCACUUACGGGGCGAUCGUACGGCAGCUUCUUACGGAUCUGGAGGAGGUUGAGGAAGUCAAUAAGCAGCUCGAUCAGAUGGGUUACAAUAUUGGAAUUCGAUUGAUUGAUGAAUUUCUUGCAAAGUCUGGUGUUUCCAGCUGUGUUGACUUCAAGGAGACAGCUGAAGUAAUUGCAAAGGUGGGGUUUAAGACAUUUUUAGGGGUCACUGCAUCUGUGACCAAUUGGGAUGCUGAUGGGACAAGUUGCAGUCUUGUUUUGGAGGAAAAUCCGUUAGUAGAUUUUGUUGAGCUUCCAGAUACAUGCCAGGGUCUGUAUUACUGCAACAUCUUGAGUGGAGUUAUCAGAGGGGCCCUAGAGAUAGUCUCAAUGAAGACUGAAGUCACAUGGGUACGUGAUAUGCUACGAGGGGAUGAUGCUUAUGAGUUGCGGGUAAAACUUCUGAAACAAGUUCCAGAAGAAUACCCAUACAAGAAUGAUGAGUAAUCUGUUAUUACACGACUACAUUUCAUGUAUAUGCAUCUGAAAAUUUUCAUUUAUCCAUAUAUGUUAGAACUGGAGAUUUUAUUGUGACUUUUGACAUGAAUCAGUUAACAGAAAAUUGGAAAGAGCUUGUAGUCA